CUGUACCUGCAUGCUUCAGUAAUAAACCAGUCAUUGGUCCGAACGGUUGUUUUACUAGAUACCUCACUGGCGACGACGCGAGAGUACCCACGUAUUUAAAACAAAAUGGCGCAGUCUUAUCUCGGUUCUUUGCCUAAUUUCGAUUACAAAUCCGGAGAGUGGUCUAUUUUUAAGGGGAAAUUAACUCAGUUUUUUAAAGUAAACGCUACUAGUAUUACAGCCGAUAAAAAAUGUGCAGUGUUAAUAACGCAUCUUUCGGACGAUUCGUAUCGCUUGGCACGUAAUCUCGUGUACCCUAGUGAUUUAGAAGCGAAAACGUAUGACGAACUUAUUGCUGUUUUAGAUAAACAUUUUAAAAUUAAAAAGUGUUCAUUUGCUAAUAAGGCGAAGUUCUACAGUGCGACGAAAAAGCCAGACGAGUCUUUAGGAGACUGGGCGGCGCGGCUACGCGGGUUAGCAAGUUUUUGCGACCUGGGCACCGCUCUGGAGACGGUGCUGACGGACCGUUUCGUUCUCGGUCUGGGUUCCGGUCCCGAGCGCGACAAGCUGUUUGAACAAGACGCGGCGACCCUUACGUUCUCCAAGGCGUUGGAGGUCGCAGAGCAAGCGGCUAGUGCUAGGCAAGCCCAGGCGAUGGUAGGCGAAACUGGCAGUAUCGGCAACGUGCCGAUAAAGGAGGAGCCGGUGUUCCGUGCGGCGAGCGCGGCGAGCCCUGGGCGCGGCGGCGCCCGUGGCCGCGCCAGCCGCGGUGGCGGAGCUGGCGCCGGUCGUGCUACGGAUGUCGCAUCGGGUUCCAAAUGGCAUCAACGCGAUGACUUCAAUAGGUGUAAUAUUUGCGGCAUGAAAAACCACAGUGCGGAAACGUGUCGUUACAAAGGUUAUAAGUGCGGCAAGUGUGGUGUUAAGGGACACCUAAAGAAAGUAUGCAAACUAAGAUUUCACAAUAUCCAAGCACAGGGAGGAGAAUCGGAAACUUCUUGCGAGGACUGUGAGGAGUGCGCGCUAUACAAUUUAAGUUACACGAGUGCAACAUUAAAUUAUGUGUUUAUAACGGGCAUAAAAUGA